AGAGGAGGAGGAGGAGGAGGAAAAGCAGGAGGACCCGGCUUCUGGCUUGUGUUUUCUGACUUUCCCCAUCCUACCACCCAUGGAGGCUGCCGGGUCCUCGGCGAAAGCCGCCAAGGUCGGGGCAGGAAACGGGGGCAGCGAAGGGAGUCCUCCUCCUCCUCCUCCCCCUCCCCCUCCCCCUCCGGCUCCUCCGGGGUCCGCAGGGUCGGGGGAUUCGGAGCCCGCCGAUUCCUCGAGCCCCGUGGCGGGCCCGGGCUCCCUGGCGCCGUCGCCCGAGCUUCCCGCUUACAAGCUACAGGACUUCGAUACGUUGGCUACCGUGGGCACAGGUACCUUUGGACGAGUCCACCUAGUGAAAGAAAGAACAGCCAAACAUUAUUUUGCAUUGAAAGUAAUGAGCAUUCCAGAUGUCAUUCGGCUAAAGCAAGAGCAGCAUGUGCACAAUGAAAAGUCAGUCCUGAAAGAAGUCAACCAUCCAUUUCUCAUCAGAUUAUACUGGACCUAUCAUGAUGAAAGAUUUUUAUACAUGUUAAUGGAAUAUGUUCCUGGAGGAGAACUUUUCAGCUACUUGAGAAACAUGGGACGAUUCAAUAACAGCACAGGACUAUUUUACUCUGCAGAGAUUAUCUGUGCAAUAGAAUAUCUGCACUCCAAAGAAAUAGUUUACAGAGAUCUAAAACCUGAAAAUAUAUUAUUAGAUAAAGAAGGCCAUAUCAAGCUCACUGAUUUUGGAUUUGCUAAAAAGCUAGUAGACAGAACAUGGACACUCUGUGGGACACCAGAAUACCUUGCUCCAGAAGUCAUACAAAGUAAAGGUCAUGGAAGAGCAGUAGACUGGUGGGCUCUGGGGAUUCUAAUAUUUGAGAUGCUGUCUGGGUUUCCUCCAUUUUUUGAUGACAACCCAUUUGGCAUCUAUCAAAAAAUUCUUGCAGGCAAAAUAGAUUUCCCCAGGCAUUUGGAUCUCUAUGUAAAAGACCUUAUUAAGAAACUUCUUGUUGUAGACAGGACAAGACGACUAGGAAACAUGAAGGAGGACAUUGACAAGCUAGAAUGUGUACAGAAGAAGAUGACCAGAAUGGUGAAGGGGACUGGAAACCAUGCUAUACAAGGAUCAGUUGAAAGAAAGAAUGGAGCAGAUGAUGUGAAAAGACACCGGUGGUUCAGGUCUGUGGACUGGGAUGCUGUACCCCAGAGAAAACUGAAGCCUCCUAUAGUGCCGAAGGUAUCCAAUGAUGGUGACACAUCUAAUUUUGAAGCAUAUCCUGAAGAUGACUGGAACAAGACGCCACCUGUGCCUCCUAAAGACUUAGAAAUCUUUAAGAAUUUCUGAGUACAGGGAACCACAUAUGGAAAGAAACUGGAAGAAGAUUUGGAAUGAUCUGAGCACAUUUGAGAAAAAGAACUGGGCAUCUGCCAACAUGAAGAAAUUCCUUCACAUGGAUGAGGAAGUUUCCACAUUCAUAUAUGCACAUAUUUAUAUAAAAUGAAAUUGGAAGGCUGGCGAAGUUUAAUCUUAACUGUAUAAAUCUGGCAUUAGUUUAACAACUGUUACUACAGAAAGUCUACUUAGUAGUAGAUUGUUUGAUUAAAUUGAUUUUUUUUUAGAUCCUUUAUCUUAUUGUUACUUUUCUGCUAUACCAAACCAUUUUUUUUUUGCUUUUGCUUUAUCUUAUAGGCUUAACGUUUUAAGUUUAUACUAAACUUGUGACAUUGUAAGCACAAAUUAGUAUAUAUGUAUAUAAAGAAAACAAAAUCACCUAAGCACAGGGAUUGUGCAAAGAUGUAAAUGUUUGUACUUUGCAGAGUCUAUAAUUUUUAUUUUUCAGAUUUUUUUUUCGAGAGUCUCUUCUUUGGGGGAGAUAAAACUCUUAAAGGAUAAAUAAAUUUUUCAUCAUCUUAAACAUUUUAUAGUUCUUUGUACAAAAAAGAAAUUAUGUUAAGACUUGUAAUUAAAAUGUCUAGUGCUUCAUUGUCUGUAACGAUAGUACUUGAAAGCUCGAGGAAAGAAGAGGAGAUACAAGUUUCUUCUUUAGUUCAUGAAAGCCCUAUUGAUUCAUGAGUGUUCAGAAAACAAAAUGUCCUGGAAAUAUUUCACAUGCUAUUAUGCUCUAUGGUGUCCUGCUGUGUACUGGGACUUCUUAUUUAAGUUGAAGUAUAAAUCUGGCACAUAACACCCAAGACCUUGUCCUCUGUUGUUUUUGGCCACGUGUAGAUUUUUUUUCCCACUUUAAUUUAGGGAGAGAAGAACUAAACUAGUGACAGGAUGUAAACAUCCAAUGUACCAUGUAAAUUACCCAGAGGUCUAACUUCUAUUCAGUUCUGCAGAUGCAGGCUGUCUCCCUCUCAAAGAUCACCUAGGGUUUUAUGGUGUUAUUAGGGGGUGAAAUUGAGUUCCUGGACAUUACAAUGAUGUACAUAAAUAAAAAGUUUUUUGAAUGUGUAUUUUAUAGCAGCCAGAUGUUAAGAUGAUAUUUAGGGCUGAACUGCAAAAUAUGGACCGAAACAGGUGUUCAUCCCAGAAGCCCUUAAGGAGCUUGCAGAAUUUCUGGGAAGUAGCAUGUGGAUCUCUGCUCAUAGUUCAUUUCAUUUUAAAGCAUUCCCACUUCCUUCUAUACUCUUCUUCCCUCUCACUGUUCUAAAAUUCCCUGGAAAUCUCCAAAGACAUUUUUUCCCCAGCCAAAAUUAAUAAAUCUAGUUUGCAAAAUCCUGUUAUUAAUCUGUCAACAGUUGUGUAUUCUAAUUAUGUCCUGUAUCUAUUUAAGAAGUAAACCCAACAGUACUUCCCAUAAAGAAUCUCUCAGUGCUAAGAGUGUUUCAUACACAUAUAUGUAUAAUGUAUACAUGCAUAUAUAAGCACAUAUAUAUAAAUUCACCUAUUAUAUAUUUCAAUACGCAGUGUGUAUAUAUGUAUGUGUGUGUACAUACAAACAUACACACAUUUAAAUACGAUAAGAGCAUGCAUUAAUUGGGCUCAAGUAGUAAAACAGAGCAGUUAUUCAUGUGAAUAAGUUCUAUAUAAUGAACUAGAUCCAGGAAGUAAGCAGAUUAUUUUUGGAGUAUUACGUUGUUUUUCCUUUUUUUUUUCCCCUUAAGUCACCAAAUGUUUAGUUUCCACACACUGAAGAAAUUUAGCAAAUAAUACUCAUGUAAGUGAAAAAUGAGAGUGUGCCUCUCAAUUUGCUAUCCCCUAAAGUGCCUAACUCACUGUGCAUUUAAGAUAUUAUUUAGUAAACCUGUUGGAUUUGUAUGUUAUGCAAAAAAAUUUUUUUUUUAAUCCACAGGUACCAUUUUAUAAAAGAGUGCACCAGAAGAGAUGUACUUUUUGUGGGUCUUUUAGUGGUCUCAGAUACAUUCUGGUCCAAUGAUUUUGAUGGUUUCUUACUGUGAUGUUCAUUUGACACAGAGAUUGGUUUCCGAGUAGUAAGAUUUCAGAAAGAAAAAAAAAAACCAACUUCCUAUCGUUUUUCAGCCUAGUGGUUGAGAUAGGUUUUUUUAAGUGUACUUGGAAAAGAACUAACUUGAGAGACAGUUUCCUAAAUGCCUUCAGAGCAACCUGACAUGCCAUGAAAAAACAAGUCAUUGUCCCAUCCUCAGUCAUAUCAAAGUUAUAGAUUCCAAAUAAUAAGCAUUUCCAAAAAUCUGGGAUCUAUGCUCAGUAAAAUAACCCAAUGAGAAAAAUUCUUAAAUACCUUUUUAAAAAGUAUAUAAAUUUCCUCCAUAGAAAUGUGUAGAGCUUAGUCUUUACCUCCCUUAAUGUUGGGUAUUAAGAUCAAAGCCAAAGGUUGCUAGACAUUCAACAAUCAAUUUCUGAGGCAAAGUGGGAUCUAACGUUAAAAAAACAAAAUCAGUAAAAUGACUGCCAUAGUUUACUGAGAUAAAAACUUAGAGCUCCCAGAAGUCAUAACCCAAGUCUAGUGCCACUUGACUUUUUAAUCACAAUUAUUCUUAAGGAACUUCUUCCUUUAAAAAACCGUAUACAGAACAACUUGUUUUGAGUACAACUUCAAACUGUACAUAAGUUCAAUGUGCUAGUGUGUGUACUUCUUUGGUUUACUACUUGUUACCUUUCAAAAUUUAAUGUUGAUAUUAAAUUGAAAUAGUAGAGAAAGCAUGAAGUAUAUUUGCCUUAUUUCUGAAUAAAUAUGCAGGAAAUACAGAUGUGUUAACUUUGGUUACGUUGUUCUUUGGCAGAGAUGUGAUCAGCCUUCAGUAGGAAAAAAAGUGGAACAUUAAAAAGAGAAUUCAAAGACAUUUGAUGGUGUUAAUAAGUACAGAGUGAACAGUCGAGCACAUUUCAAGAUUUUAUUUAGGUGCCACAUGUUAACUGUUCACUAAUAGGCCAUAAAUUAUCACUUCAUAUAGUGUGAUGUUACAUAAAGGUUGGUUGUAACCUAAAUAAUAAACCUGGAAAGAUCAUUAAAAGUAGCUAGGGAAAUAGUUGAACAUGUGUGUAUAGUUGGACAUUUGUAUUUAUAUGGUUCAGUUAUAAUUGCAAAAUUUUAAAAAUUGUGGGGUACAUAUAACAGAGUUUAUACACCAUUUAAUGUACCAUUUUGAUUUUUGACUUGCUGAUAUUCAUGAGUUUGCAGUAUUUUCUGGAAUCUGAGUACUACAAAAUUUCUUAUUUAUAAAAUGCACAAAUUGCUACAUUGAGUGUAUUGAGGAUUUCAUUUUCAAGUGGUAAAAUUGUCAUUUCUGUCUUCAUUUGUAUGAAUUAAGCCAAGGAGGAAAUAACAUUAACAUUUACUUUAUAUUGUACAUGCAGUGAUAGAUUUUCCAUCCUUUCACAUCAGAAAUUGGAUUUGUUUUA